AUGCCACGGAUAAGCAUGCUGCCGCUGUCCGCGGUGCUCUCACUCGUCAUCCUGUUCGCCCUCUGGCGGGCGACGAACCGAACAAUAGACCUGCAUCCGGAGCUGGCAGCGGUGGAUCCUGCGUUGAUGUGCGACCCUUUCGCUGAACCGGGAUUCUUGCACGUUGACGAGCGCGAACCGCUGCAAACCAAGUGGAUCCCGUACUCCCCCACCUGCGAACCCGCCCCCGACUGGCUAUCCCUCAUCGCUCGGCGAGACCUCGAAGCGACUUCAUGGCUUGCGAACCGCACCAUCCUUGUCCUGGGCGACUCGGUUGACCGGAACGGGCUGCACCACCUCGCCGAGAUGUUGGGUCUGCCGCGGUACUGCGUCCCGUACGACGACUACAGCAAGAAGGGCGUUGUGCCGGCUGGCUGGGACGAGCGAGGGAUCCCUUGGGUUGUCGAGAUUCCCUGGCUGAACACGUUCUUCACGAACGGGUUCAUGUACGGCUUGGACGACGAAGACAACUUCCGCCAACAGCCCGAUUGGCACCCUCCCGGCAAGGCGGAAGAACGGAUCGACAAGCUCUUCAAGGUCCACACCGACCAGCUCCCCUUCCCUCCUUCCUUCAUCUCCAUCCACUCCGGUCUGUGGGACCUCGCCUUCUUCGGACGACAAGACCGCAUCGCGCACCUCUCGACCGAGAUCCCGCUCACACACGCGCGAGUCGACUGGUGGCAGAACCGCAUGAAGAGCGUCCUGCGGCAUGUUAACGAGACUUGGCCGGCGGUGCCGAUCUGGAUGCGGAAGUUGCACAGGGUUGGGCCGGUUGGAGGAGCAAGCUAUGACUGGCGACACACGGGUCACGAAGACCACGGUUCGCAAGAACGCUUCUCCAACUUCUUCACCGACGUCCGAAUCCACACGAUCCGGGAGAUGCAGGAGCAGGUCGUGCGGGAUGUGGGGAUUCCGUCAUACGACUUUGGCGAGAACUGGGAAGGGUGGCAGUCGCAUCAGCAGAUGGUGCACCCGAACAAGUUCCCCGGCGGGCCCGUCUACACGCAGGCUCUCCUGCACCACAUCUGGAUGGAGUCGCAAGGACGCGACAAGUGGCGGUUAUCGAAGCAGCGACCACUAGCACCGCUCGUCAAGGAGGAUAAGCCGAAGGGGAAGGGCAAGGGCAAGGCGAAGGGAGACGGUCGAGGGAGGUGA